GGGGAGAUUAGAAUAUUUUAAACUCACGCUCGAAAGAGAUAAAACAAAAACAGCUCCUUAUAAAAAAAUGAAAAUGUUAUAUAGCUUACAGGGAAUCCAAAGUGCACCCAAACACCAGACCUGUUGGUUAUUUGGACGAUCUUCUAUUUCUGGUCUGUUAAACCUUUACAGUCUAUGUGUUAAACACAUUAGCCAUUUUGCAAAGAGCCUUCAGCGCGUACUGAGUGAGCGAGCGCCUGCCUGAGUAGCCACAUGUAAAUCAGACGCUCCAGACGCCCCAGACGCGUUCGGUUUGAACGCAGCAUAACUAUGAGCAUAACAUUAACAUUAACGCGAACGGGGCCAAAUGUCUUUAAACGAAACGCGUGACUUUUGACCGUGUCAACACGCACUGUUUGUUCGCGGUGACGCGACAACACACACAGCAGCCAAUGCAAUUGUUGUAUUUGAGACUAUAUUUGCAUAUGUGACGCGAUGAAUGCAGACAAUGGCCAGAAGUGUGGUAUGGUCAAGAGGGAGAUUUCUGGAUCCUGAAACGGCAAAUGACAUGCUGGACCAUGUAUCUGAGUUUCUGGAUCAUUUGGAAACAUUGACUCAGCAGCACAUUCCCCAGGGUUAUAGUGCUCCCUUGGUAAGGGGCUCAUCUGGCCGUCCACGAUUCUCCAUAACCGAAGAACAGUUGCGUUUUCUGAUAGAAUAUAAUUUUUCUACAAAACAAAUGGCAGACAUCUUGUGUGUGUCCAGGCGAACUGUGAAACGUCGUUUAAGGGAAUUCAGUAUUUCACUUAGAGACAGAUACACUGAUCUGUCUGACUCUGACCUUGAUAACAGAGUCAGAGAAGUAGUUGGAGGAAAUGAUGAACUUGGAGCAGAAUCAGUCUGGGCACGUCUGGCUGGUCAGGGUAUUGUAGUGCAGCGGCACAGAGUCCGUCAAAGUUUAAUUAGGACUAAUCCAGUGGGAGCAGCCCAGAGAGUCACCACACGUCGACUGCACAGAAGAGUCUAUCAGGUUGCCGGACCAAAUUCCCUAUGGCAUUUGGAUGGUAAUCAUAAGUUAAUCAGGGGGAGGAUUGUCAUACAUGGUGGGAUUGACGGGUAUAGCAGGCUUGUUGUGUUCUUAAAGGCUUCUUCCAACAAUCGCAGUGACACAGUUUUCCACAGUUUUGUAGAAGCUAUUGGCCAAUAUGGUUUACCUUCAAGAGUCCGCUGCGAUAAUGGAGGGGAGAAUAAUGCAGUCUGCCUAUUUAUGAAUGUCUUCCGGGGAUUCACCAGAGGAAGUGCUCUGAGAGGAAGGAGCACACACAACCAAAGAAUCGAGAGAUUGUGGCGGGACGUUUGGCGGGGCAUCUCCAACACUUACUAUGCCUUAUUCAUGCUUUUGGAAAGUGAAGGUAAAAUUGACAGUACCAAUGAAAUGCACCUGUGGGCAUUACAUUAUGUGUAUAUACCCCGAAUUAACAGGGAUCUCCAACUGUUCAUUCAUCAAUGGAACCACCACAAGCUGAGAACUGAACGGUACAUGUCUCCCCAUCAGCUCUUCAUUCGAGGAUGUCUCUCACAGCUAACUAGAAACCUGACAGGGAUACGUGGAAUCCUUGGAGCAGAUGAAGAGCCAGUUGCAGAUGUAAACAUUCCUCCAGCUUCAGAAGAAGUUACCCCCCAAGAUUUUCAAACAAUUUUCAACUGGCCAGAAUCUGUUGAGAUUCCUGCCAAUCGCUUCAACAUUCAAGGAGGGGUCAUGGAACAACUUGUGCAGCAGGUCAACCCUCUUGGUGGAAGACCUGAUGAUUUAGGAACUGAUCUUUUGGAGCAAGUUAUUAACUUCCUUGGAAAUAUUCCUCAACGUAUAUAGAUCACACAUAGACUGGAACAAAUGUUUGGAAUAUUUAAGAUUUUUAAUGUUAUUAAAUAAGCCUCUUAUGGUCACUUAAGCUGCAUUUAUUUGAUAAAAUGUUAAAACAGUAAUACUGUGAAAUAUUACAAUUUAAAAUAACUGUUAUGUAUAACUGUUACUAUUUAAAUAUAGUUAAGAAUUUAGUUCCAUGAUAAUAAUCACAAAUGUUUCUUGAGCAGCAGAUCAGCAUAUGAGAAUGAUUUCUAAAGGAUCAUGUGACAAGACUGGAGUAAUGAUGCUGAAAAUUCAUCUUUGAGUAUAUUCACAGGGAAAAUAUACAUUUGACAAUAUAUUUACAUAGAAAACAGCUACAGUAUUUUAAAUUGUAAUAUUUCACAAUAUUACUGUUCUUGCUGAUUAUUAAUAUUCAUUAAAUAAAUGCAGCCUUUAUGAGCAUUAGAGACCUAUUUAUAAACAUUAAAAAUCCUAAACUUUUCAGACUUUUGGCUACCAAUGCAGAUCAUAUCAUAAGUUCUUCCUAUACCAGUCACUUUUUGUAAGAUUGAGCAAGUAUUGACCCAAGUAUUCAUUUUGGAUGCUCUUCUCAUAUAAACAUAGAUUUCUGAAGUUAAUUGUUUGUAUUUACAACAUUAUAUGUAGAUCUUUGCAUUUCACAAUGAUUUUGAGAAACAACACUGUACUCAUUUAUAAAAUGUAACUACAGUCUAUAAUAUAUUUGUCAAGAAUUACAUGACUGAAAAUAAAAUGUUUAUUUGGAUUCUGCAAUAGUUUAAUGCAAUAAAACAGAAGAUGCAAUGUUUCCUCUUAUUUUUGGAAUUUUUAUUUUCAGAGGAAAAACAAACCUUUAUUGUAAUCUUUUAAUUAAUUAUGCAACAUUACCAACUGUUGAAAUGGUACCAAAUCCACUAUUACCAUUGGAAGUGUUUUCUUUUAAUUGUGUAUUUCUAAACUGUGUUUUAUGCAUUUGCAUUGUUAACAUUCAAGAACAUAACAAUAUUGUUAGAGAAAAUAAAGUUCUUGCAAAAAAUCUUCACUGAACUUAAAGUGAUAGUUCACCCAAAAUGAAACUUCUGUCAUCAUUUACUCACCCU